UGGAAAGACAGUGUGUUGUUCCUCCUCCUUGCCGGAGGGUGUCGACACUCAGGUUUUUCCUCUCCGCUGAGUGCAGUCUGGGCGGUGCGAGCUGCGCGUUUAAACAGUGCCGCCUGCACACAGCGCAGGACAGCAGAUCAGGGAGUCCUACUGCAGAAAUAGAGUCAAUAUACAGCGUAAAUUCAGUCGAAACAAAGAGAUGGCAGUCGAGAGACCGCUGCAAGAGCUUCCAUGCCUGAAUGAGAAUUUGGAGGGAUCCCUGCUGUGCAUGUCUCAGACGAAACGGAAGGAAAGGCCGUGCUAUGGUGAAGAGAACACGCCGCACGAGCUCAUCCAGCACUGGUCGCCCCCUCGUAAGCAGCCCCGGCCCUGUGGCAAGGGCAAGGAGAAUGCUUUUGUGCUUGCCAGACGUCCCAGGAAAAGCAGGGAUUCAACAGCUGGUCUGUGUUGGGACAGUCUCCCAGAUGAGCUCCUGCUAGGGAUAUUUUCUCGCCUCUCACUGCAAGACCUCCUGAGAACCUCCCGUGUGUGUAAGCGCUGGCAUCGGCUUGCUUUUGAUGAGUCGUUGUGGCACAGUGUGGACUUGGUAGGAAAGGCUCAGUUAGAUGCAGAGCUUGGCCAGGUGCUCACUGCUGGAGUCUUGAGGCUGCGCUCUCCACAUGUCUGCAUUAGUCAGCCUGGCUUUAAAAAUGCAGAUCUUCUGCGUGUCCAACAUGUGGACUUUUCCAGCUGCACUGUACAGACUUCUGUCCUGGAGGACAUCUUGUCCCGCUGUAGACGGCUGCAGAAUUUUAGUCUUGAGGGGCUGAUACUCUCUGACAGCAUACUACAUUCUUUAGCUCAGAAUGUGGAGUUGGUCCGACUGAACUUGUGUGGCUGUGCUGGUUUCUCUCAUGAGUCUCUGGAUGAGAUGCUUCAAUCUUGCACCCAGCUUGAAGAGCUGAAUGUGUCAUGGUGUGACUUCAGUAGUCAGCAUGUUCAGGCCAUUGCUACCAACAUUCCAUCAAGUGUGACUCAACUCAAUAUCAGCGGAUACAGGCAAAACAUGACCAUGGAAUAUGUGAAGAACCUAGUGGAAAGAUGUCCAAAUCUCACAAAUUUGGAUUUAAGUGAUAGUGUACUCGUGACCACAGACAGUUUCCCGUUCCUGCAGCAGCUGCCCUCACUUAGGCAUUUGGCCCUGAGCCGCUGCUACCAGAUUCACCCAGCCGCCCUCAUACAUUUUGAGAAGUUUGAGAAGCUGCAGACCUUGGAGGUGUUUGGCCUGAUACAGGAUAGCUAUCUGCCCAUCCUCAGUAAAGGGCUGCCACAUAUACAGAUCAACACUCAGCCUUUCUCUGGUGUGGCUCGUCCUACUUCGGCUACAAGGAAAGACCGCACUAUAUGGGGAAUGCACUGUCGAUUGGUAUAUAAACCAUAACCUACAAAUGCAGGAGAGUGGAGAGGUGAAUUUUAGAAGGUUUCACAUGAUGGAUAGAUUUAAGUAAUAAUGUGUUAAAGGGAGUUAACUGGAAAGUUAUUUUUCAAGUGGCAUGAAAAUUUUACCUGUAGAUGUUUUAGGAAAAGUGGAAUUGUUUCAACAGACCAAACUCCUUAUUCAGCCCGCCCCCAACAAUCUUUGAACAUUUUAAACCCUUGCAAAUCUGCAACCUUGCUGUUCAGUGAGCUUGAUGUUUAAAGUGUUUUAAUAAUGGGUGAUUUUAAAAAAAAAAAGUUACAUACCUUUUAUUUAAAGGAUGUGUUCUAUAGUUUUAAGUUUAACUGUUUACCAUGUUCUGUUUGUCUUAGAACCUCAUUUUAAUAGUGGUGUUCGUGUUGAAUGAUUGUUGCUUUGCUUAAACUUAUAGCAAGGCUUAUGAUUGACAUUACUAGGUCAGGUUUAUACUCAUGGAUGCCUUAACUUUCCUAGAACAUUAGAAUGAGUGUCUGCAACAAACAUUAGCACACAUUUGGUUUUAAAAAAAUGUUUGAAGGUCCUUUAAGUAGACCAGUUCCUGGGCAAUAAUGUUUUGUCCUGACAAUCACAAAUGUAGGUGCAUUCCCAUUAUGUAAAAAUUGUGCCAUGAACAUUGUUGUAUUUCAAACAGUGUAAUGGCAAAGGGGAAAUUAAACAUCAUUUAUUAACUUGAA